GGCAAGGGGGCCCCGGGCCGCAGCUCCCGGAUGGCGGAGCCGGGCAGCGCCUCAGGUGGAAGAUGGGACCGUUUCCCUCGUGUUUUAGGUGAAACCUGGUGACCAUGAAGUCCCGAGGGAGACAGAGGGACAGCAGUGGGAAUUCCUUCUCACUCCUCUGAAAAAAUCCAACAGUUGCCUGAUGGGAUUGCCCCUUUGGCUGGCGUCAUGGGGAGCUGCUGCAGUUGUCUGUGCACAGACAGCAUCCCAGACAACCACCCCACCAAAUUUAAGGUGACGAACGUGGACGAUGAAGGGCACGAGCUGGGCUCUGGGAUCAUGGAGCUGACGCAGCGGGAGCUCAUCCUGCACACGCACAAGCGCGACGCCGUCAGGUGGCCCUUCCUGUGCCUGCGCCGCUACGGCUACGACUCCAACCUCUUCUCCUUCGAGAGCGGCCGGCGCUGCCACACGGGGCAGGGGAUUUUUGCCUUCAAGUGCUCCCGAGCAGAGGAGAUCUUCAAUCUGCUGCAGGACCUGAUGCAGUGUAACAGCAUCAACGUGGUGGAGGAGCCUGUUGUCAUCACCAGGAACAGUCACCCCACGGAGCGGGAGCUGUCCCGGACCCCCCAGGCCCCCAACAGUCUGGGGUACACUGUCCCAGGAUUUCCCAAUGGAUUUCACAGCUUCCCUGGAGAAAGCCUGUCCUACUCCUCAGCCCGGCACCCCUCAGCGAGCAGCCUGAGAUAUUCCUCCGUGGGGGAAGACUCCACUCAUCCCCUCCUUGGGCCUGAGGAGCAGUCCCACACCUACGUGAACACGGCCAGUGGGGAGCAGGAGCCGAGGGGCCGGCACUGUAUGCACUCCUUGCCUGAAGCCCACCCUCCUUUCCCCCCUAGGAACCACAGCUGCUCCCUCGAAGACCGCAACCCCCAGGUCUUCCUGCAGCCCGGGGAGGUUAAAUUCGUGCUGGGUCCCUCCUCCGGCUCCCGCCGGGUGUGCCGGCACCCCCGGGAGUGCGGGGGUCCGCUCUGCCCCCCCAACAACAACAACAACGAGUGCGAGGGGGGUUGUCCCUCGCCCCAGUGCGUCUACGAGAAC